AUGCGACCAUCAGGGGAAGACACAACAGAUGAUGAACUAUCAGAUAUGGAUGAUACGAGCAUAGCAUCAGAGGAUGAAGAAGAGCAAAAUUACCUUCGAAAUAUACAAGAACGUACUAUGGUCAUGAAUCGUCGACCUGCUUCUGUUGCUUCUACACAGACUAUGGUGACAGCACCUGCGACACCUCGUCAAGCACCUACUACCUUGAGACCACCUUCGUCCAUGAGUAUGACGAGAAGAGGGCUGCAGAUAAACAGAGACUUGUUACCUAGUUCAUUUAAUGAACAUGAAGAGAAUCAAUUGAUCGAUGGUAACCCUUGGGCACAACAUCCAGCCAUAAAAGAAAGAAAUUUAAGAACACCUACAUCAGCCGGUUCCUUACGGCUACCUUCACCUUCUGCUAGACCUAGUUUUGUAGCAUCUAGUAAUUCAUCUUCUGUGACAGCGACACCACAAAAUCAUAGACUGGUCUAUACACCUACCUCCAGUCAUCAUGAAUCCUUCCAUGCGCUAGGACCAGCGACAAAGCGAGCAUUAGAAUCCUUACAGAAUGAAAUUGUUGCAUUAAAUGAACGUAUUGACGAUAUACGUAGAGAAUUAGUUGAAAGAGAUAAACAAAGAACACUACAGUAUAGAAAGACAAACUCAUCAUCCAAUGAUAUAGACACUAACAAUAAUAGUAACCGUAAUACCUCUAAUAAUAAUAACAACAACAAUAAUAAUAAUAACAGUGAAGAUGAUGGAUGGAAAUGGGUGAUCAAAGUACUAAGCAUAUCUAUUGGUUGCACUAGUGUUUAUAACUUCUUCUUUUUUUGUUAG